AUGAAUGAUCCUACCUUAGAUUACAUUUCUCCCUUCUUUCUCAAACAAAAAACGUUUAAUUCACUCGAAACGUUUCCUAAUCUUCCUUUCUUGAUUUACAAUGACCCUCCUUUCUCUACUUUUUCUCAAUAUGAUCAUAUGACAUAUUCAUCAUCUUCACGAAAGAUUUCUUCCUCAUUUCCCACUACACUUGAAAGAAACGUGGAGGAAUCAGAAACUUCAUCAUCCCCAAUUCUUGAAGGAAUUGCUGCUGUAGUUGGCCAACAUGUUCUCUUUGGUAACACUACACCAUGCAAACACGAAAAUAAACCCCACGUUUCGAAACACGAUACAAUUAACUCGAAACGUAUCGAAAUGUCAAGUGAGGUUAUUAUAGAUCAUACCCAACAUCCAAACCCAAAUGCUAAGAGAAAACGUUUCUCAAAAAGAAACGUGAAAGAUAGCGUUUCAGGAGUAAUAGUAGUAGAGAAGAAAUAUAGAGGAGUGAGAAAGAGGCCAUGGGGGAGGUGGUCGGCGGAGAUCAGAGACCGUAUUGGAAGGUGCCGACAUUGGCUCGGCACCUUCGACACACCUGAAGAGGCCGCGCGUGCGUACGAUGCGGCAGCGCGGCGGCUCAGGGGUUCCAAGGCAAAGACAAAUUUUCAUAUACCAUCAGUGGUCCCCACCAUGAUGACGUCACCAACAUCGUCAUGUUCGUCAACCUCGUACGAGUUUAAUAAAAACAAAGCUAGUUAUAAAAAGAAAUGUGAAGUGGUAACUUCUAUGUCUCAGCUUGUUACUAAUAAUAAUGGGGUUAAUACAAUCCAUGGAGUUUGA